AUGAAAUUGGCAUAUUUAAUCUCGUUGGUCCUAACAGUUUUACCCUUUUGUCACUCACUGGUGCUUGUGGAUUCGACUCUGGCAUCUGCUUGUAUUUAUUAUGAGUUGCAAUAUGAUUGGGGAUGUAAGUCGCAUAGUAACGGUAUGAAAGCUUACGCCUGUCGUUGUGCCAAUAUCAAUUGGUUGGGGACUGUUACAAACUGUAUCAAGAACAAUUCGGACUCAAAAAGGCUGAUAGACCAUGCGCUAAGACAUCUUUCAACUCGUUGCUUGCAGAAAGGUAAUUUUCAUUAUACUGUGGAUGAUCUGUACAGAUUCGCAGAGAAUGGAACUCACUACAUGAGAGAUCCUACCGAGCAGGAUAGAACAGUCACGGUCAACACUACGUUAAAUGUCAACCAAACAGAUUACGAUUGGUAUUACAAAAAGUUCAAGGACUACACUUUCUCUGUGGAAAGAUCCCAAUGGUUCGGGUGGGGGUUGGUCUUCUAUUGGGCAGCGAUCAUUGGGUUUGCCACAUUCUUUAACAUUUGCAAAAGGGUGCUUGGCCAUCCAUUUGUCAAUAAUCGCUUGAAGAAACAUCUUGUCCUACCUUCAACCUUUAGAGAUUAUCGUGAAAGAACUUACCUGCUCUGUAACGUUUUGCCACUAAACUUCCAAACUCGUCUCAAUGGACUUGUAGUUGCCGUGUUCCUCAUUCUCACCAUUAUUUCUUGUGGUGUCGGAUAUGAGUUAACUUUGCCACAUCCAUAUUUGACGACAAGAUGGUAUGCUAAUUUGACAUUGGUCAGUUAUAGAACUGAUUUAUUGUCUAUCUCUCUUUUCCCCGUCAUUUACAUGUUUGGAAUCAGAAAUAACCCGCUGAUUUACAUCUCUGGUAUCUCAUUUUCAACUUUCCAGUUUUAUCACAGAUGGUGUGCAUAUACAUGUGUUGUGCUAUUGUUUAUCCAUUCCAUUAUUUGGACGGUUUAUGCAAUACAUGGUGGUGGUGGUUAUAAAGUAUGGGCCAUGGAUUCAUAUUGGAAUUGGGGGAUUGCGGCUACAACUCUUAGUGUUUUACUAGUUUUCCACAGUGAAAAGCUCAUUAGAGACCUCGCAUACGAAGUGUUUUUGGUGAUGCAUCAAUUCAUGAACAUAGCAUUCAUCAUUGCCAUGUAUUAUCAUUGCGUCGAUUUGGGCUGGUUAGGCUGGAUUUGGGCCAUGGCGGGUAUUCUAUGCUUCGACAGGUUCAUGAGAAUCUUGAGGAUUGUGAUAAGUGGUGGUGUUCAUACGGCUACUUUGACUGAUUGUGGCAACAGAUCAGUUAUUAAAAUGGUGAUGAAGAAACCAAAAUACUUCAAGUACGUUGCUGGGUCUCAUGCUUUCAUCUAUUUCUUAAGCCCAACGGAUUCGUGGUAUUACUUCUUCCAGUCACAUCCCUUCACUAUCCUUACUGAUCCAGAAGAAGAUGAAAAGAAUCCUGAUCAUUUGGUCUUCCUCUUCAAAGCCAAUAAAAGUGUAACUAAAGCAAUGCUCAAGAAAAUCUUGAAAAGUGGUAAACCAACGGUCACUUGCAAGGUUCUGUUGGAGGGUCCUUAUGGUGUCACUCUGCCUAAGAGAGUGAAAGACAACAGAAAAGUGGUUGCAGUUAGUGCAGGUCAAGGUGUGUGCGCAGUUUAUCCACAUUUGAGACAAAUUCUGAGUUCUAAUCAAACUGGUGAGUUCAGACAUAAGCUUGUUUGGAUCAUUAACGACUUGAGCUCUCUUGAUUGGUUUGGUCUAGAAAUUAAAUGGCUGAGAGAUAGACAAUGCGAUGUCACCAUUCUUUACACAAAGGCCGACGAUAGAGACUUGGAGUCCUCAUCUUUGGAAUCGGAAGUGAAAGAAUCUAAGCACGGGGUCAAGAGAUUAUACUGCCGUCCCAACCUACAGAAAUUGAUCAGCUCCGAAGUUGAACAAGCAUCAAAAGAAUCUGUUGAUCUGACUAUUUUGAGCUGUGGUCCUGCUUCAUUCAACGAUGACCUUCGUCACUCUGUGGUUAGUAGCAUGAAUUGUGACUUGAAGAUUAGUGUUGACCUCGAAGAAGAGAGUUUCACCUGGUAA